UCCAGAAAAAACAACUUCAAAACAAGUUAACUUAAUUGUUAUUGACUGCAGGUGUAUUUGGCAGGCUGCUUAAUUACCAUUAAAUACAGCUGCAGUCAAUCUUUUACUUCUUUCUUUUUGUUGCUGUCUGGAAUACCUGCCAGAUAUUUGUGGAGUUCCAAACUGAAGAAGACAACUGAUGAGCUGAAAAACUCCCGUUCCAGGUUACUUACAUUGCAGUCCUCCUGCGGUAUGAAUGCAUGGAUUUCUCUGCUGCCUUUUAAGUCAGAGUCUGGGUAGUGCAGUGUUUUCUAAAUUAAGUUGCACUUGACUUGGAGCCAGCAGGACUCAGGAUAAUGAGGCAUAGUGUGUUGGUUUUUGUGCACACCCCCCUUCUCAAUCCUGAACCGUUCGGUAUAGCAAGCAGCCAACCAGCCCACGAAAAGUGCCCUGGCCUGACCCACCACUAUGAUUAUGUCGAUCCAAGGGAGGAAAGCCGUAAGGUAUAUUUUUUUAUUGCUGCAAAAAACUGCAAGAAUGGAGUCUACACUGAAAUGAAAACAUAUCUUAGGUGCACAGCAAAAGGUGGCAAAGCGUGCUCAUCAGGAAGAGGCGCCGCAGCUGUCAGCAAGUUUAAUGGCCUUCCUGACUCAGCUGUUGAAAGAAAAUGAUUGCCAUCAUCAUGGGAUUAUUUUGGCAGAAUUCUAGUCUAUAUCCUGCUUUGUUUUAUUACGCCAAGGCGAGAUUUGUGGAUUAUUCCAAUUGCUGUCUGACUACCAUCUUGGGCAUGCCAGUUGCCCAUCACAGAUGUAAUAUCUUUCUUGCUGUUUUUCCUGAAGGUGCUGCAGAUUCCCAUAAAACCAGUCAACUUCCUCCUCUUCCAUAUCAGUACUUGGACCAUAAGAUAUUACCGCUGUAAUGAUGAGCUGCUUGCCUUGGACUCAGAUCUGCACCUAAUGGCUAACCUACUGACUGUAUCUAAAUUUAACUAGCUAUUUUUUGCACCUUGUAACAAUUUGUCUUCCACACCUAAAAAUUGCUUCAGGUCUGUCCUGUGCUUUCUUUUUUGGUAUUUUUUUAACUUUCCUUCAUGCUAAGAACUGCUUCAUGACCGCCCCAUACAAAAUGAAAUUUCUUCCAUGUUUGUGGCUCUGUUAACCUACUCUAAUCCUCUACCCCCUGCUACCAUUUGAAAAAAAAUGGGUAAUUUUAUAAAUCUUGUGUCCCAAGUGGUACUUUCCACAAGGUAAGUGUGAUCUUGGAGUUGGUUGUAUAACUUUGUGGAUUUCUUCUUCCUGGGAGUCCAGUGAAAAUAAGGAUUUUCCAAUUGAUCAACAGUUGGAUAACAAACGAAACAAGCUAACUAAAUAAUUGCCAUACUGUGAUUUACAUAAUAUAUUGAUUUCCAAUUGAACACAAGCUAUUGUAACCAAGUCUUCUCAGAAUAAGAACCAGCACUGGGAUUCAGAAACAUUCUUAGUGCAGCUGCGUUAUGCCUUCUGCAGAAAACCGCUGGGUAAAUGAUUAUGACCAGCCUCUAAAUUUUGUGUGUUCUGAGCGAGCUUCCAUCAAUUAUAUUUCAAGUGUACAUUCCAACAGUAAAGAAGAUCGAGUCUGGGAUUUUACAUGCAGAACAACUUUUCAGCAGUCUCCAACCUGCUACUGGACCAAUUAUGUCAAUGAAUUUGAUGAAGCCUUCAGUUUCACGUGUCCUCUUGAUGGAGUAAUAAAUGGACUUAGCAGCUACCAUGAUAACCAUCGAGAAGACAGAAGGUGGAAGUUCCAUUGCUGCUCUUUAAAAAACAUUUGUAACUCUCAGUGUUACUGGACAGGUUACGUGAAUGAAUUUGAUGAACAUCUGAGCUUUGCAGUACCUGAAGGCUAUGUUCUAACUGGAAUGUCCAGCUACCAUGACAACAAGAAAGAGGAUCGUCGCUGGAUGUACAACUACUGCAGUCAACGUUCAUGUUAAAACUAAGAAAACUCUAGUUAUCUUUACUUGUUGAAAACUAAGACGAUCCGUUAUUGAUCUCAUUUAACUUGCACAAUCACUGGGGUCCAUAAUGAUGAGUUUGCUGUGACUGAAUAA